AUGGAACCUAAUGAAGUGCUUGCUGUCCACCACUGCCCCUCAGACUCUGCCACAGGGGAUGCGGCCCGAGUCCCCCAGGGCACAGAGCUUAUCCCUAAGAGAGCUGUCAGCCGCUCCCCAACCUGUGCCCGCUGCCGCAACCACGGUGUCACUGCCCACCUCAAGGGCCACAAGCGCCUCUGCCUCUUUCAGGCUUGCGAGUGUCACAAAUGUGUCCUCAUCUUGGAGCGCCGAAGGGUCAUGGCUGCCCAGGUGGCCCUGCGUAGGCAGCAGGAGGCGCAGCUGAAGAGGCACCUGGCUCAGGGACUGAUGAGAGGGGCAGCUUCUCCCAAAGCUCACAGCCGUGUCAAGAAGGGAGCCACGCGGCCAGGGGUCCCCUCUGGAAAGGAGAACAUAGCACCUCAGCCUCACACCCUCCAUGGGGCAGUCCCACUGGCACUGACACCCCCUGGGAAGAAUUCCCAGGGGCCUCUGCUGCUUAGCCGUCCCCCAGAAGCCUUGCCUUUGCCCUGGACUCCAGUGCCUCCAGAUGCUUGGACCCCUGGACACUGGCUGCCUCCAGGCCUUUCCAUGCCACCCCCCGUGGUGUGCCGCUUGUUAUGCCAAAAACCUGCUGUCCCUCUGCAUCCCUUCCCUGGCUUUGACCCUGGCACCUCCCUCCGGCUGCCCACUCACGGGCCGCGUCCUUCCUGCCCAGGAUCUCGCCCAAUACUGACAGCUUCUCUUUCUGGAGAAUCCCAAGGGCCCUCUACCCUGCCCCACACAUGCUCAACUUUGAUUCUUCAGCCCUGUAGCACCACAGACCCUCUUCUGCUACAACCACAGGCCCCCGGAGCCUCUCACCUGGCCUGGACCUCUGCCUCCUCAGAGCGGCAGCUGCAGCGGGAGGCAGCUGAGGCUCUUGUGGGGCUGAAAGAUUCAUCCCAGGCUCCCUGCCUGACCCCUUCUGUCCCACCCAACUCUGCCUGGAUCUCCCUACUCCACCCCCGUGGCCCACCAGCUCCUGCUGGAGGAAGAGGAUUCCAGCCUGUUGGCCCUUCUCUCCGACCCAGCCCAGCACCCUCCGUUGCUCUGCAUAUUGGGCGCCUGGGUUCCAUCUCCCUCCUAAGUUAG